AUGCCCUCAGCCGCGGCGCGUCAGAUAUACGAAGAUCAGAUACCGACCUUUAUGUCUGUCUUUGAUCUUGAAUCCGAGACCAUGGCGGAUCGGGACACAUUCACCGUCGUUGGAUCCAAGUUCCUCGACGUGGCAUCUAAAACCCCCUCUCAGCAGACUAGCCUCCAGGCUUGUCUUGCUCCGGACCAAAGCCACAAGCACCGCGACAGCACCUCGACCCAGACCUCGGAAUCCGACGACUCCUCUCCCACCACUACGCUUUCCACCACAGACUCUUCACCUCUUUCAGACCCGUCGCCAUCAUCGUCGCCGGAUUCUCCCCUCAACUUGAUCCCGCUCAACAACUUUCACUCUGCAAGCUUUAGUGGCCCGUCAAACCCGGUUUCUCUGCUCAGUAUUUCGGAAGCGAGCGCAUUGGAGCGCCCUAUGACAUCUCCGGCGCCGAGAAAGCCAAGGAACAUGAAAGGUCUAUCAAUCCAGCCACCGACAGUAGCAGCCUCAUCCAAGACCAUGGUGUCAGAACCCUGCUCGCCAUCCUUCAUCAAACCCUCUAUCCCUGCCAUGAAGAGGAAACCUAGCCUUCUCAGCCUCAAGACCAAUGCUUCAGAUUUGAUUAAACAAACGUCGUUGGAAGUGCCCGCAUCGCCCGGCAUGCCCCCGAUCCUGCAACGACGCGCGCUUAAACAUUCCACCUCAUCGCCAGCCAUCCAGUCCUCCUCUUUGAAGACAUCCACGUUUGGGCCGGCUGGAGGAAUGACCUUUCCAAAGGUGCUGGAGCGGAACGAGUCGGGGCUGUCAGAGUUUUUGCGCCCCAUGAAAUCGAGUAUGAAUCUGACAUUCGAUGCGGCAAUCAUGGAAGAGGACACUCCCAUCAAGACACAGCUUGCAUCUCGAAAUGACUUUGACGAACCCUUUCGUGAGCAUGAGAACAAUGAAGACCAGAAAACGCCAGGGUAUCCUGAUGGCCCGAUAGCCAUAUACGGCGACAAUGUCUAUCUAUAUCUUGAGCCUACCGCAGAAGAGGCCUCUCGAUUUGACGUCGUCAUCAACGUUGCCCACGAAGUCCGAAAUCCCUUCGAGGCCAAGCAAGAACCGGCCAAGCCUUCAUUGCACGGUCCUUCUUCUCGGGGCAAAGGGAUUUCGUCCAAUCUAAGUCCCAUCCCGGACACGGCCGUGUCAAACUCCAGCUUUUCUACCGCAUUUGAAUUCCAGCUUUCGGAGGAUGGUGCCAUGGACACGGACACGCCCACGACGCCAAAGGCGAAUCCUCUCAAUGUACCGGAGUACAUUCAUAUACCAUGGGACCACAACACUGACAUUGCGCCUGAUCUCAUGCGCCUCUGCGAGACAAUUGAGAAUCGCACCAAGGAAGGGAAGAAGGUGCUUGUCCACUGCCAACAGGGAGCAAGCCGCUCAGCCAGUCUCAUCAUUGCCUACGGCUUAUAUCAGAACCCUGACUUUAGUGUCAACGAUGCGUAUUACGCGGCCCAGGCCAAGAGCCGUUGGAUUAGUCCCAACAUGAAGCUCAUGUAUUCACUGCAAGAUUUCCAAAAGGAGCUGUGCAAGAAGAAACGCUCGUCACCCGGCUCGGGUCCCUAUCGUCCUCGAACCGGAAGGAGUCCAUCCAAGCACAGAUUGACCCUAUCUGCCGAUGCCAUCGAAAUGCCUUCCAAAGAGCCGCAUACCGCGCCUCUGCCAGCAGAGAACGGCAGAAGUAGACAGGGAAGCGAGACCAAAACUCCUCUCAAUCUCCUGCCGGGGAAUUCGGAUGCCCUGCAGACUAUUUCCCCCGGACCUGCUUCGGCGCCCUUGACAUUCUCGUGGAGAGACACCUUUGAGAAAUCCGAGUCGGAGCAGAUGGAGCCGGAGCAGAAGAAGGCGAAGCAGAUGGAGCCCUCAAUCAGGGAGCCGGAGCCUAGCCCUCGACAGACAAGAAUGGAUCUUCUUCCGCCGCCCUCCCCCUCACCUUUCAAGCUCCAGGCUCCUCCUCUGCGGCCCAAGUCAGCUCAAGG